GCGGCGCCCGGCAGCGCGAGUGCUUCCGCUCGGCAGCGCGCUCUCCCGCCGGGUCCGCCCGCGUCGCUGCCGCCUUUUCCGCCGCCUCCUGCACCGGGUCCCGCUCGGUCUCCGUUCUCCGUCGCCCUCCCUCCCCGACCUGAGCCAUGCUACCGCGGGGCUGCGGGACCUCGAAGCCGUGGGGGCGGCUGGCGCUGCUGCUGCUGCUGGCGCUGGCCUGCGCCACGCGGGCCUCCGAGAUCACCUUCGAGCUGCCCGACAACGCCAAGCAGUGCUUCUACGAGGAGAUCGCCCAGGGCACGAAGUGCACGCUGGAGUUCCAGGUGAUCACUGGAGGCCAUUACGAUGUUGACUGUCGAUUGGAAGAUCCUGAUGGCAUUGUAUUGUACAAAGAGAUGAAGAAACAAUAUGAUAGCUUCACAUUUACUGCAUCCAGGAACGGAACAUACAAAUUCUGCUUCAGCAACGAGUUCUCUACUUUCACGCACAAAACUGUGUACUUUGAUUUCCAGGUUGGAGAAGAUCCACCGCUGUUCCCUAGUGAGAACAGAGUAACUGCACUUACCCAGAUGGAGUCUGCCUGUGUUUCAAUUCACGAAGCUUUGAAGUCGGUCAUCGAUUAUCAGACUCACUUUCGACUGAGAGAAGCGCAAGGCCGCAGCAGAGCCGAGGAUUUAAACACAAGAGUGGCAUAUUGGUCGAUAGGGGAAGCAAUCAUUCUUCUUGUUGUUAGUAUCGGGCAGGUAUUUCUCCUCAAGAGCUUCUUCUCAGAUAAAAGAACCACAACAACCCGUGUUGGAUCAUAACUGGUAGUCAUAAUGCUUCAGGUCAUUAUGCACUAUUAAUCUGUAAAGUUAUUGUUCUCCAAUUAAUUCUAGGUACAAAGGAUCUAAAUAUGUGCAGCAUUCAAGCGUGUCUACCCAUCAUCUAUUAGAAUUGCAAAACAGACACAAAAAGUUACAGAAGGGACACACGAUAACAUUAAAAAAAAAACCACACUUCUGCUUUCUGAUUCCUCUAUUAAACAUCUUGCAUUGACCAGCCUAUCUGUCUUUUACUUAUUUUAAUCCAAACAGGUUGUUUUCUUUUUGUGUUUUGUUUUUUUUUUUUACCAGGGAAAUUAUUUAUCUGCAGUAUAAAACUUUAUAAGAACCAAGCAAUCAAAUGUCUGGUGUGCAGAAGCAAUGCAUAUAAAAAGUGUGGCUUGAUUAUAAUUUCCAGGCUGAAUGGAUUGCAUUAUAAACAAGUAAAUGUGAUGAACUGUAAUAUGCUGUUUUGAUUUGCUGUUUUAAAAAAAAAAUGAAUACAUCCCUUGCUUAUUUGUAAAUCUCUUGCAAGCGUGACACUACAUCAGGGCUCGUUCUCAGUCAGCCCAGUAAAUCACUUUCAAAACAUGUUAAAUUUUAUAGUUGAGUGCAUUUGCUUAAGCAUGUAUUCUUCUAUAGUAAGGUAUAAUGUUUUUCCUCUUUUAUGAUGUUUGUUUUACUGAACAGAUUUUAAACUGAGACUACUCAGGAAAUAGAUUUUCUGUCUUUAAAAAUCCAAAUCUCCAAAUUUAUUUUUAAAACUUGCAAUAAAAUAGAGAGUUGUAACUUUGUCUCUGAAGCUGUGCAGUGUCUGGGCACACGUUGCUGCUGCUUUUUGGAUUUAAGACCAGAGGUAGCUUGGUUUGUUAGGCAGCACAGCACCAGCACUGGCCUAAGCUAUACUACACAUGAGGCACAUACAAAGGUUUUUACCAAGUUGUUUUCCAGUUAAGAGGCCGAUUUGAUAUUGAUACUGCAUUGCACGUGUGCUGUAAAUUUUAUUUCCUUGUGUGUGGUGCACUGAUACAGUAUGGCCUUGUGCAUCUGAUUGCCACUCUUUUUUUGCUAGUGGUCAGAAAAUGUUUUAAUUAUUUUAGGUUAUCUUUUCGUAGAGUUAAUAGCCACAUUGUUUCCACUGCUUGUGUAUUUAGUAGCUUAUGUACUGUAAAGUCUUGCUUUAUUUGGAUGUGGAAGGAAGUGUAUGAACAUACAUACAGCUUAAACUGAACUGGUCAAAUCCUUCAGGUGCCUCUGGAGGAAUAAGUAGGCUGCAGCUUGUAAAUGCACACAAACUAAACUAAGGUGGGAAAAAAAGGUCAUGUGUUACUGACUAAUUCAAAAGAUGCUUCUUAAACUAAUUUUCAGCAACCAGAGAAAGAAUGCUACAUCCUCAUUCAUAGCCUGUGUUAUCUCUAGCAAAAAGUUGAAAGUGACCCUGAAGCAUUCUGAAGAAUCUACCUAAGAUAACUUCAUUUAAAACGGUGUGAUGAAAAAUAAAAAUAAAAAGUGUACUCAUCCCUCUUUUGGAAAAAAACUUCUUCAGAAACCAAAAAAACCUGAAGAAAAUGAACCCCAAAAUAAGUUAAAAGGUCAUGGAGGUACUAAAAAGCUUAAGAUAUGUAAAAUUCAGGAUUACGUGUAAUGUCUCAUAUUGAACUUCAAAUACCACAUUCUCAUUUUGGUAUGCAGGCUUCCAAGAAAUAGUUAAAUUCACAAAAAUCAGAAAAGAAGAAAGCAAGCUAGUCCUUUCUUUUGAGACAGGUGUGUGCCUAUGCACUAUGUUCUUAAUCAUACCUACGUGUGUACUUCUGCAGCUGAUACUCAGUAGUUUUUGGCUGCUUUGCACACAACAGUGAAGCAAGUUCUACACUUUGGGUGCAACUAUGAAAACAUGAUUUAAUUACAAAAUUGUCUUCUACAAUCUUCUGAAUUUUGAAUAUCACUUCUGUAGCUUUAAUCAAAACGAAGACAUUUGUUUUAAAGAUUGAAACUUUUUUUCCCGCUGUGUUCUGUGUGCUAUUAAAAUUGGUAAACAGUGGGGUAAAGCAGAUGCUGGUUGUCCAUCAUAUACGUGUCUAUUCUUUCAUAAUGUUUGAAUGUGUAAGGUGGGACUGUUGCUCUCAACAUUAUGCCCACUGCAGAGGUUUAGUGGACUUGACUUUUUCAUUAAAAUUAGUUAUCUGAACCAGUCCUCUGAUAUCUUGCUACAGAAUAUGCAGCAAUAGCUUAAAAUGCCUUUAUUUUGUCUUAUUAAAAACAUGGCACAGACACCCAUUUAAACAUAGAUGUACAUAGUUUUUUAAAUGUGAUGGAAUAGGAUAUAAUAAAACAUGCUAAUAUGCAGAGAAUGAAGAAAUGCUUUGUGACUUUUUGUUUAAGCUGCAUCUUUUCAUAUAUGAAAAGAUUAGCUUGAUUAAUGGUGUCAUACGCAAGUAAAUUGCCAUGCAUUAAUGGGGAUACAACUGUGUUUUUAACUGCUAAAGACCCUAGUUUUCAGCUGUUCCUUCAGUGUUUUGUGUUUACGCAACUUCUUUUCGUGUUGUGAACUGUCAGUUUUUGAUUUAGUUUGGAAAAAAAAAAAAAAAGUUUGAGUAAGACAAGAAACAGACUCUGUGAAUACUGUAUGGGAAAAUAAAAAAUUAAUAUAUGA